AUGCCCGAAACAUCGUCGGACACGCACCGCCGUCGCAAAAAGGACCCGGACCGCGAGCGCAGCAGCCCGCGCACAAAAGACAAAGACAAGGAUCGGGACCGCGAUCGCGACCGUGACCGCGACCGCGACCGUGACCGCGAGCGCCAUAAGAGCAGCCGCGCCCGCAAGACCCGCUCGUCGGCUUCCAAGGAGGAAGAUAGUGACCGCCCGGCACUGCCCAAACGCCCUUCGGCUGAGCGAGUGCGCUCUUCGACGUCGACAUCGACAUUGGCCUCAUCGCAGGCGUCCAAGUCGCACAAGAUGGCCGUUGUGCCCGAGAUGGGACGACGUGGUUCGUUGGGCUCGGAAAACACGUCGAGGAUCAGCUUGCCGUACCCCUCGCACUCCAAGACAUACGCAAAGGAGAGCAUCUAUGCCCGCGACCCCAACGAGAAGAGAAAGUCGGCAUUUACGCCAGAACCCACCGAUGUGGAUGCCUCGCCUGGCAAGGACGACGAACAGCCACAGCAGCCCAGCCGCGCACCACCUCCACCGCCGCGCGCACCGCCGAGCCCGCCCCUCACAGCGACUACGAGCGCCGACUUGAGGAAGACGGCCAGUGUAAACAGCAUGCGACGGCGGGACUCGGAGUCGGUUGCCCGGGAAAUGGAGGAUGGCCGCCGCAGUGUAGAGAGCGGCACGCACAUGACAUCGCAUGCAGGUCCCCGCGUCGCAUCGCGCUCCAGCAUCAGAGAAGAGAGUGACGAUUACGAUGGCACUGACCUCACUUCCACCACUGGCUCUCAGCCCAGCACUAUACGUGCAAAGUCGCCCCCAAGGACCAAGACGGCGAGCCCAUCGAACACCCGACCAUCAGGCAGGACAUCAGCACCGAGCAGGUCGUCAACCCCCGGUCGAACUUCCACACCAGCCAGGACGUCGACACCAGUCAAGACCAAGACGAGGGCACCCUCAGAAUACACAUUGGACUCAGAGGCCACUUCAGUGCUCCAGGAUCACCAACCCCAUCGUCGAACUUCAUCGCCCUCACAUUCCGAAGCCUCGCCCUCGUCGGUUGUUGAUUCAUCACCGCGCACGCCAACUCAGCAUUCCGUCCUGCCCUCGGUAGUAUCCUCUGUCAAAGAUGGACCGUCCAUGAUUGAGGUCAUCACAGAUCCCAUGUCGCGCACGCACUCGGUGGAUCCAAGCUAUGCUCAAUCACCCAUGACUCCACCACCUCCGCCACCCCCUCCGGCCAUGAUGGACGCCCCUCGAGUCGACUAUCUGCUGCAGAAUGGUGGGCUUGCCAAAGCAAUCCCUCGAAGUCUGCUAGCAGCCAUUGAUGGAGUCCCCGCGUCUACCUACUCCCAGUACACUACGCCACGACUAUCUGGCGCACAAGCGCACGAUGUCCGAUCCUUUUUCAAGCCACUGCAAAAUGUCCUCAAUAGCUACAAUACCGUCAUGGACACGAGCGGUUCGUUGGCCGUGGCCACUGGCUAUCGCUCGGUUGCACGUCGCCUCCUUGAUCGCCUAGAGAAUGUCUUUGCCCGCAACAUAUCUUCCGAGCAUUGUGAGUGUAUCAUGUGCUUUGAAAACCCCGUCGUAGAGGAUUCAGCGGGUGUGAAUUGGGGAGAGAUCCUGGAACUGGUUUCUGGACGCUGCGAAUUGCCGACCUGGCCACCCUACGAAGAAGGCCUAGGGCCCGGCCUGGGCAUAUCAUCGGACCUGGAAGCACCGUGCCAGCGGAUCGACGUCGACGUACCAGAACAGUACCGCGAGCAUUACGAAAAGCAAUCCAAAAAGACCAAGGUCGCUGUGCAGUCUUGGCUAUCAGAUCAGCAAGAGACGGUCCCUGAAGAUGCCGACGACGAGACUCUGACGUUCAUAAUGCUAACACGCCUGGAACAGCCACAACGGCCAUUGUUCUAUGCCCUACUGUGGGGCUUGGAAAAACUUCCUAAUCCGCGCACACAGAAGCCUGAUACUGGUACCCCACCAUACUUGGCAAAGGCUGGACUCGCAUUGCAGCGUCUUUACCGACUUUACAGUCCGCCACGAGACCAAUUGGUAGUCAUGUAUCUCAUCCGCCAUCCAGACAUGCACAACAUGCUUGCUACGCUCGCAGCUGUUACCAAGCACGAAUGGGAGAUUCUCGUUUCGGGACGAUUUGACGGUUUUCUGUGGUCUGGCGUCGAAGAUCUGCCUGACAUGAACGGGACCCCUUCCCGAACGGGUUCAAGGGCUGGUCAGAGACCCACAGAUGGGCCACAGCGCUUUGCAUCCCCGUUCGGCCCCAAUCGAUAUGGUACCCCGAGCCCAUACUCUCGACCCGGUUCCGUCCGUCCUCCAGGUGGUGCGCCAGUGCAGAUCGACGAGGAGACGGAGAUCGCCGUACUUGGCGAGAUCGAGCGAGAAAUCUAUCUCGGAAUGGAAGCAAUGGAAGACGCGUUUGAGCAGCUCCAUAACCAAGCCGAGGCGGUACGUCGACGCCUACGCGAGCGCGCUGCAGCGUUGUCAAUGGUAGCACAGCAACGAAGGGGUGCCGGUAUGGAUGGCAUUGAAGUCAGGACUGAUACGCCUGCUAAUCUCCGCGACCCCGACGAGGGGAUUGAUGAUCUGAGAAGUGAGGUUGGGCCCGAUGAUUCGGCGAGUAAUGUCAGCCACAAUAGGAGAAGGAAGGCACAUCGUGCGAGAGAGAGACGGACGCCAGCACCAGUCGAGGAGGAGAGUGAGGAAGAAAUUGCGCUUGCGGAAAGGAUACGUCGACGGUUCUAG